GCGAAUUUUGAUGGCCUAAAUUUUUUUCCAUUCCAUGGUGGAUCGAGUUCUGAUAGGUAGCAUUUCUUAGCACUUAAAGACAAUUUCUUUGUGCUUUUUGGACUGUUGAGAAUCUUGAGAUUCCCUCGUCAUAAUUCGGAAAUAAGAAGGAAACAACCAUAUAUAAUGCUCAUGAAUCUAAAGCCGGAAAAAACACAGACCCUACGCUUCAUCUCCAAAAUAAACCCUAUCACUGUCUGGUAGCGCGACCCCUUUAAUGGUUCAUGGAUGAUGAUUCUACUGACAUGUUGACGAGUCCAUAUUAAGAGGAAAAGAAAAAUAAAAUUCAAACAAGAAGUUUGUUGGUUGUCAAUGCAAAGGUGCAGGAUCAUAUCUCUGCAGUUGUGUUGCUGAAUUUGGUGUCAAAAAUUGGUUAAAAUGCUGAGAAUUCUUGCAAAGCUGCAAAUCUGCAAAUUGAUCAGAGAAUCUUGCAGGGUAUGGUGCUGGCUUGCUAUUUUUCAUCUCUCUUAACAUUGGGUCCAGACAUUGAUUCUACUGAUAUGUCAGAAAGCUUUCAUGAAGGCAAAAUGGAAGACCAAAUUCAAACAUCAAGUCUAUUGGAUAUUGAUGCAGAGCAACAGUGUCAUAGUUCUGAGGUUGAGUCACCAGAUGGGUUGCCAAAAAUAGGUAUGAAAUUUGAAUCAGAAGAUCAUGCAUACAGAUUCUAUAAUGCAUAUGCUGGAUUGGUAGGCUUUAGUGUUCGGAAAGAUUUUAAAAAUAGAAGCAAGAUAGAUGGCAGUGUGAUGUCACGAAGGUUUGUUUGUUUUAAACGGGGUUUUCGGCUUCCAGACAAACGGAAUCUGAAUGUGAAGAAACCCCACAAGGAGGUCAGAACAGGUUGCCUGGCACAAAUGACCAUAUCUCGUCAAUCUGAUGGGAGAUAUCGUGUAAUCCACUUUGAAGCAAAUCAUAAUCAUGAAGUUGUAGGCCCUGAAUAUGUUCAUGCAUUGCCAUCACAUAGAAAACUAACCGUUUCUCAAGCCAUCGAAGCUGACCUAGCGGACAGGUCUAGUAUUCAGAGGAAAUUAACCUUUAAGUUGAUGGGUAAAGAAGAUGGGAUUCGGGAAAAUGUUGCUCAUCUUCCAAUUGAUUUACAUGCUAGACGGACGAAAGAUAUGAAAAGGGGAGAGGCAGGAAGUUUGCUAUAUUAUUUUCAAAGUCAACAAACUGGAAACCCAAUGUUCUUCUAUGCUGUACAGCUUGAUAUGGAUGAGCAGAUAACAAACAUAUUUUGGGCGGACUCAAAGAUGAUGAUUGAUUAUAGUCAUUUUGGUGAUGUGGUUUAUUUUGACACAACCUACAGAACAAAUCAACUUUGUAGGCCAUUGGCAGCUUUUAUAGGAGUGAACCAUCACAAAGAAAUGGUAGUGUUCGGGGCUGCUCUUUUAUAUGAUGAGGCCCCUGAAUCUUUUCACUGGUUAUUCCAAACAUUCAUGCAGGCGAUGUCUGGAAGGAAACCAAAAACAAUUCUCACAGUUCAGGAUAUGGCAAUUGCAAAAGCAAUUGGGUUGGUAUUUCCUGCGACAUAUCAUCGUAUAUGCAUAUGGAAUAUGUGGCAAAAUGCAAUGCGACACCUAGGGCAUCUUCUAGAGGAUCAAGAUGAGUUUGGCAAAGAUUUCCGUAAUUGUAUAUGUGAACCUGUGAAGGAAGAAGAAUUUUUCCAGUCAUGGGAAGCUAUACUGGACAAAUAUAGUCUUCGGGGAAAUGCAUGGCUAGCAGACCUAUUCAAAGAAAAAGAGAAAUGGGCUAUGGUAUAUGGGAGACGAAUGUUUUGUGGCGACUUAAAGAGCACUUGGCUAAGUGAGGGUUUUAACAGUUGUUUGAGAAAAUAUUUGAAAUCUGAUGUAGACAUACUGCAGUUUUUCAACCAUUUUGAGAGGAUGGUGGUCGACUUGCGUGACAAAGAAUUGCAAUCUAAUAUCGUGAGCCAACGUGCCCCAAUGCUGGAAACAAGUGCAGUUGUGUUGAAGCACGCUUGGGACAUCUACUCUCCCGAAGUUUUUGAAAUUUUUCAAAAGGAAUUUGAAGACUCUUGUGAUCUUGUUAUUGACCAAUGCAAUGAGAAUGGACCAUUGUCUGAGUACAAGCUAAGUAGUUUUGGGAAACUUUGUCAGCAUACUGUUGCAUUCAACUCAUCAGAUGAAACGGUUGAGUGCAGCUGUAUGAAGUUUGAGUAUGCCGGAAUUCUCUGUAGCCAUGCUUUGAAGGUGCUUGGUGUUAGGAGUAUAAAAGUUGUUCCAGAAAAAUACAUUUUGAAAAGGUGGACAAAGGAUGCAAGGGUUGAAAAUAUAGAAAAUUUUGAUGGAUGCAUUACCAAAGAGGACCCCAAGUUGUUAAUGUUGAGCCGCUACAAAGACUUGACCCAAAAGGCUAUUAGACUGUCAACAUGGGCAGCUGACUCUGAGGAAGGGUAUCUCUUUCUGAAUAGAAUAUUCAAAGACAGCAUGCUUGGGUUGGAAAAGAUAUAUUCGAAAAAAUAUCAUGAAAUCAAUAAAAUUUGUACAGAUGCUUCCCAAAGUGAAGAUGAUGACAAUAUUGAAGAUGCAAACUAUGAUGGGAGAUCGGGACUAUAAUAAUUGAAUAAAAUUUGCAUAUUAGCCUUUGUCUUCUUCACUUAUGCUUAUGGUUCUCUCUCAUUUAAUGCCUGAUGACUGUCCAUUGUGAAUGAACAACAUCCCAAUAGUGCUCACAAUUCUUACAAAGUGAGAAAGGCUUCAGGGAUUUGAUUAGGUGGAUCUCACUGGACGUUUUCAUAAGGUGGAUCACUCUGGAGGCCAGCAAUUGGUCCUGUAAGUCUAGUCCCUUACACUGCAUCAUCGUAAUGCUGUUGCACUUAUCAUCAGGAUUGUACAGUUUUGCUUUCCUUCAUUACUGGAUAAAAACACUUGCUUUUAGGCUGACUUUUACUGUUGUAUUGCUGAUAAUAGACCAAUUCUAUGUUGGUCUUCAGAAUGGGAUGCACUGUACAUGGAUAUAAUCAACUGAUUUUAUUAGUGAUGGAAUGACUGCAGAAAUCAUUGGAAAAGAUUCAACAAUUUGACUUAA